AUCAGAAUUAGAACAUAAAACAUAAAACACGUGGCGUUUUCUGAGGUUUCAGUGGUGUCAGGGUUUGAUGAUGGACAAGAAAUUAGCAACAUAAAUUCAGCAAAGACCUAGGGUAUAAGCCUGAAGCUCUAGGAUUAGUGGUAAAUUUGUUCAGUUCUUGAAGAAAGAGAAAGGAAAAUAACAAAUUUGAGAAAUGUCGGAGUAUUUGCCACAAGAAUUGAUGAUUGAAAUCUUCUUGAGACUACCCAUUAAGUCAAUACUUCGAUGCACAAGUUUGUGCAAGUCAUGGUACUCUCUUCUUACUAGCCCUCAUUUUAUCUCUAUGCAUCUCAACCGAAAACAAGAUGAUCACAUUCUAGUUAGACAUUUCUCUGGAAACCCCGAAAAAGAAAUAUAUAGUUUAAUCUGUGACAAUGAGAAUCUGGAUCAGUAUGCCCAGUUUGAUUUGCCAUUUAACUGCAGUGACUAUUUCUUUGAUAUUGUGGGUACUUGUAAUGGGAUUUUGUGCCUUAAUGAUGAGAUGAGCUUUUGUAGUGUUUUUUAUCUCUGGAACCCGUCUAUCGGAAAGUCUGUAAAACUCCCAAAUCCUACAUUUAGGGCAGACGGUGGCUUUGAUUAUAAACUGGGGUUUGGAUUUGAUUCUAUCACUAAUGACUACAAGGUGGUAAGAGUAUUACACACUGAUUCUGGUAUGCCACCUAUUGUUGAGCUGUUUAAGCUAAGCACCGGUGUUUGGGAAGACAUUAGUUAUGUCGCCCCGUCUCAUAUAUUCUUUUGCAGUGCACCGCAGGCGUAUCUGAAUGGAGCUUCCCAUUGGGUUGCUUUCAAGUUGGAAGAAGGAUCAAGUCGGAGAAUGAUUGUUUCGUUUGAUAUGCAUGAAGAGACAUUCUCGGUGAUAAUGUUGCCUGUUAGUUUAGUUAAUAGGAUACCACGACAAUGUGGAGUGUUCCUUUUUGUAUCAGGUGAAUCACUUUGUUUAAUUAAUUAUAACUAUGAUAUUACUAAUACGUCUGAUAUUUGGAUGAUGAAAGAGUAUGGUGAAGCAGAAUCAUGGGUGAAACAAUACAACAUUAGUUCUCAUCGCAUUCCAUAUGAGCCCGAGGGUACUUAUUCCUUGUUAAAGCCCAUGGUUACAAGGAAAAAUGGUGAAAUUUUGUGGACGGAGUGCGAUGGACUAUUGUUGUCAGUUGAUCAUGAAAAUGAAAAGAUUAAGGAUCUUGGCGUUUGUGGCACUACAAAUACCUAUUUUCUGUUUUACGAUUCACUUUAUGCUAAUUGUUACAAUGAGAGCCUUGUUUUACUCAAUAAAUGGAGAGAUUAUUGUGCUGAAGACGCUUGUGAAGAGUCAUUUCAUUCAUGGAAGAGAGAGCCCAAAGGUGGGAGAAAGAAGUUGUUAAAGAUAAACGCCAAAAAGAGACUACAAAUUGCAUCUCUCUUGCACAUCAAUGGAUUGUUGUAUCUGUCAAAAAUGAAACGAAAAUGGUCGCAGAGAAAAGAAAGGAAGAAAAGGCAAGUCAAACGACAUCCAUUGUCUAUUUAUUGUCAUUAGCUCUUUUGUAGCUGAUCUAUAGCAUGUGUCUGUGUUGUGACUUUUGGUAAAUGCACAACAAAGUUAGAGAUGAUUACUUGAGUUUUGCAUAUUCUGUAUAAGAAACAGCCACAAACCUGCAAAAGUUUCUUUGUGCAAAUUAUUCUUUUAAGUCAUUUAGCUUAAUAUGUUUUUGGUUAAGAUGUUGAUUCCUUAUGCAUAUGAAAUUUGUUCUUGUUUUGGAAUCUUUUCAAUAUCAUGCAAACUUGACCUUGCAUUCAGGGCUCAGGCUGACACUGUAGACCUCCUUUGAUGUAUCGAAGGUCAAAGUUUUGGGGAGGAGUCAGUAAGUGCAUCUCAGGUUUUAAUUACUUUCUAGGUAGAUGCUUUGGGUUCAUGAUACUUCCAAGCAUUGUGUGUCCAUCUAUCUUGAAAUAUGUCAGUUAUAGGAUGCUUAGUGGUAAUACUGAAACCACUUCGAAACCUUGUGUGAUUUUUCCAUCGUGUUGAAAUAUGAAGGAAAAACUGACUUACCUCUUCUAGCCAAUUUGUCAGUAGUAGGACACUUAGUGGUAAUACUGAAAAUCACUUACUCAAGGGUGUGACCUAGUGGUCAAUGAAGUAGGUUAGGAACCAUAAGGUCUCAGGUUAACGGAGGUAGUAGGUCCAAGUGGAAUUAGUCUCGGGUUCUUCCCAUUUGUCCAAGUCUUAAUGGAUAGAGUUACCCGCUAGUUUUGAUGGUGGGAGGUAGUAGGUAUCCCGUAAAAUUAGCGGUGGUGCGUGCAAGCUGGCACAAACACCACUGUUAUGAAUUUAUAAUAAAAUACCGAAAACCACUGUUAUGAAGGAAAGUUUAGUCAGCUGCUUGUUUGGACUCUGUUUGAUUUUUUAUUUUUUAACCUUUUUCUGUACCAUCUUGGUGCCCUAUAUAUAUAACUUAUCAAAAAACCAUAGUUUUUAAUCAUAUGCUUUGUUAGAGAAUUUCUUUCUUCAUAUUUUAUUGAUCUUACCACUGGGUAUUAUUCACUAAUGCUUGCUGGUUCCUUCAUCUUCCUAUUCUCUUCUACAUCUUCCCAGUAGGAGUUUAUCCUCUGUAUUUGCUGAUAAAUUUCAAUUCCAGUUGCCAUUAACAUGCAUUUUUAUUUCGGGUUUUUCUGAUGCACUAGAAAGUUCAUGCAGCCACUAUUUGCUGAAAUAUUUUUUCUUAUAUAAAGGAAAUUGUUUGGGUUUCUUUGUCUGGUAGCUCCCAUAUAGCAUUGCUUUAAUUUUACUAGUUCUGCAACAGAACACUACAUACAGUGAAAUUAAUGCGAUGACUAGCUUAUAACUGUACUUCCUCAGAAAAACAUGUCAUACUCUUAGUCCAAUACUGAAUCAACAUGCACCAAUUCGGGAAAAAAAAAAAACGAAUCAACAUGUACACAAUGAAACUUUGCACCUUUGUGCAGAAUAGUAGGAGCAGAAUCAAAUACUAGUUAUUCUCUGCAAAUACUUGUAUUCUUAGGCUGCAAUUAAGAUUUGACGGGCAAGCUGAAGGUACAACUUUGCACUCCACUCACAAUUUCUUUUUCAGCUUCAAUUAUUCUCAGUUGUUAUCAAGUAUAUUAUAUUUGGGAGAUGAUGUUGCCAUCUAAAGUUUACUUGAGAAGUUUGGUUUCCUGUAGUUUUAUUCGUGCCAGAGGAGUCACCUUGUUUUGUGGAUUGCUCCUCCGAAGAUGACCAAACGGUUGAUAUUUGGACGAUGCAAGAGUAUGGGGAACCAGAGUGUAGGGCAAAAUGAUUUAGCAUCAGUUUUCAUCACAUUAAAAGCAUUAAUAUUCUUGCUGAUGAAUUUAUUUGGAUAUGGAUAGAAGGUAAUGGAUUCAGUGCCAGCGCGAGGUUGCUCAUUGCUCUGGAACUCCAAUAGCUAUAGCUAGGGGUGUCAAAUUUGGCCCAAAAGGUGAUGGCCGCUCAAUCCGUCCAAAAUUUUAUGGGUUGGGCUCAAGAUAAUUUCAUAUUGAGCUGAUUUUAGCCCAACCCAACAUAACCCAUUUUAAAGUGAUCUCCAACUUAGCCCAAUUCUAAGAUUUACUUCAAUUUGAGUUUAUUGCUUGAGAUUUACUUUCAUUGUUUUUAUGUAUAUACUUUUCUUGUAUCAUGUAGAAUGUGGUAUGUUUAAUAUGAAGGGAAAUAUUUUUCACGAAAAUAUGUUUAAUAUGAAGGGAAUAUUUUUCACGAAAAAUAUUUUUCUCGAAAAUAUUUACCUGGGAAAAUGUUUUCCUCAAAAAUAUUUUUCACAAAAAAUCUGCGAAAAUAUUUUUCUUGAAAAUAGACCCUUUCAAAAAACUGGGUUAAGUUGGACGGGUCAUGACCCAGCCCAUUUUUAGCCCAUUUCAGCCCAAGUAACUUUUGAGCCAAUAUUAGCCCAACUCAUUUAUUACCUCAACCCAUUUUAAUUGGGUCAAUUUCAGCCCAACCCGCCCAUUUGACACCCCUAGCUAUAGCCUAUAAGGACGAAUGGUGAUUUUUUGUGAAGAUCGCGUACUGUGGAAUCUUGGUUCAACAGGACCAUGCAAUUGAAUAAUUAAGAAUCUUGGCAUUCAUGACUCUACAAGUAAUACCUAUAAGGAAAGCCUCACUUUACUUGUUAAACAAACAGGUUAGUGACUUAGUGUGAUGGGAACACUUGUGAGCAACAGUCAUCGGCGAAAGCUUGGCUUGGUGGCACUACUUUGAAAGUUGAAUUCUCUUGUUA